AUGCCAAAGGUGGCCGCGGAGGAGACGGCGCGCCUCCACCCCGCCGUCUCCGCCUUCCGCAUCCGCGCCUCGGACCUCCGCCACCUCCUCCGCCUCACGCUCCCCAUCAUGGCGUCGUCGAUGCUCACCUUCCUCCUCACGGUCGUCGACCUGCUCUUCGUCGGCCGCCUCGGCACGCACGAGCUCGCCGCCGCAGCGCUGGCCAACACGGUAUGGAACACGGUCGCCCUGCCGCUGCAGGGCUGCGCCUCGGCGCUCGACACGCUGCUCUCGCAGGCCCACGGCGCCGGGCAGCACGCCGCCUUCCAGACGUGGACGCAAACGGGGACGCUCCUCAUUCUCCUGCUCGGCAUCCCGUUUGCGGCCAUCCUGCUGCUCGCCGAGCCGCUGCUGCUCGCCAUCCGGGAGAGAGGGCUCGCGUGGGGCGUCCCUCCGUACCUCGCCUUUCUCUCCCUCGCCAAGCAUCUGCAAGCGCAGGAGGUCGUCCUGCCGCUCGUGGCCAUCGCGGCGCUCGCCAAUGCCGCCAACGCGGCGGCCAACUGGUGGCUCAUCCACCGGCUCGGCCUCGGCCUCGCCGGCGCCCCGCUCGCCACGUCGCUCUCUCGCUGGGCGCAGCUGCUGCUGCUGCUGCUGUACUCGGCCGCCGCCCGGAAGCGGCUCGCGCCUCCGCUUCCCGGCUGCCUGCCCGAGCCCGCGCCGCUGCCUCGGCUGGCGGCGAGAUUCUUCUCGCUCGGCAUGAGAUUCUUCUCGCUCGGCGGGCCGGGCGCGCUCAUGCUCGCGCUGGAGGCGUGGGCGUUCGACCUGUCCACCCUCCUCGCGGGCUACCUCGGCCAGACGAGCCUCGACGCGCACGUCCUCCUCCUCAACGUCUGCUCCUUCACGUUCAUGAGCUUCCCCUUCGCGGUCGGCGUCGCGGCGUCGAUCCGGCUCCUCGCGCGCCGCCAGCUGGGCCUCCUCUUCACCGACGACGACGAGGUGGUCGCCGCCGUCGCGGGCAUCGUCGCCAUCGCCGCCCUCUUCCAGAUCUCCGACGGGCUGCAGGCAGCACACGCCGCAAACGCCGGAGUCAUGCGCGGGAUGGGGCGGCAGCGCCUCGUCGCCGGCCUCAACCUGGUCGGCUUCUGGCUCAUCGGGCUGCCGCUCGGGGCGAGCCUCACUUUCGCGGCGCGCGUCGGCGUCGCCGGCCUCUGGUGGGGCCUCGCCGCCGGGCUCACCUGCGUCGCAGGCUUUGGCGCCGCCGUCGUCGGCAUGUGCGCAGUCGGGAGCGGCGACACACCAGCCGCCAGCACGAGCACCGUCUCAGAGCAGUGUUGA